GUUUUUUAUUGUGUUCCAUUCGUACCCUAUAAAAUCCAGCCUUCAUCGACCAUGCAGCAAAAUCAAACAAAACUGAAUCUUGGCUGAUACUGUAUUAUCCAUCCAGGUACACCCGAAUCCAUCGAUCGAUUUCGGCUUGGGCGGAGCAACCAUCUGUGCCUAAUUCCUCUUCCACCGAUUCUUACCACUCUAUUCUAAAUCUCUGCCUACCGCCGGAAACAAUGGAGAAGGCAGAUAAGAAAAACCUGCCGGAGAUUGAUACCCAGAACACCAUUACAAUCAAAGGCAUCAUCGGAAUGCUAAUGGCGAAUGUCGAAGCUAAUAAGGAUGGCAAAAAGGUGAUACCUUUGGGGAUGGGUGACCCCACGGUUUAUUCAUGCUUCCACUCUCCUGCUCUGGCUCAACAAGCUGUUUCUGAGACCCUGUUUUCCGGCAAGUUCAAUGGCUACUCACCCACCGUCGGCCUCCCUCAAGCCCGAGAGGCAAUUGCAGAGUAUUUGUCCGGCGACCUGCCGGAAAAGGUGUCGGCGGACGAUGUGUUUGUGACCGCCGGCUGCACUCAGGCCAUUGAAACCGCUCUGUCGAUUCUUGCGUUUCCUGGCGCUAAUAUCUUGCUUCCGAGACCUGGGUUUCCGAUUUAUGCGCUCUGUGCUGCUUUUAGACACCUGGAAGUAAGAUAUUUCGAUCUUAUCCCGGAGAAAGGGUGGGAGGUGGAUCUGGAUGCAGUUGAGUCUCUGGCUGAUAAGAACACAAUUGCAAUGACGAUUAUUAACCCCGGCAAUCCAUGUGGAAAUGUCUAUUCUUAUCAACAUCUAAAACAGAUUGCAGAAACGGCAAAGAAGCUGAAACUCAUUGUGAUUGCAGACGAAGUGUACGGGCACCUAGCAUUUGGGGGUACCCCUUUUGUGCCAAUGGGAGUUUUUGGGUCCAUAGCUCCUGUGCUUACUCUCGGGUCCUUGUCAAAGAGAUGGUUAGUGCCGGGAUGGCGCCUUGGUUGGCUAGUCAUCAAUGAUCCUAAUGGCACUAUUAAAACACCCAAGUUUCUUGGCCGCAUUAGAAAGUACUGCGACAUUUGUGGUGGUCCUGCGACGUUUAUACAGGCAGCGGUUCCUCUUAUAAUUCAGCAAACUGAAGAGCUUUUCUUUAAGAAAACAGUUGCAAUGUUGAAGCUGACUUCGGACAUGUGUUUUGAUAAGAUUCAAGAGAUUCCUUGUCUUACAUGCUCACAUAAACCACAAGGAUCGAUGGCUUUAAUGGUAAAGCUGAAUCUGUCCUUGCUAAGAGACAUAAGUGAUGAUAUUGAUUUCUGCUUCAAACUGGCCAAAGAAGAAUCUGUUAUUAUUCUUCCAGGAUUGGCUGUGGGUCUCAAGAACUGGGUUCGAAUUACUUUUGCUGCAGAACCAUCUUUCCUUGAAGAAGCACUGGACAGGAUAAAGUCUUUUGCUCGGAGGCAUUCAUAUGAAGAAUAUGGGAACUAGCUUUUAGUGCACAGAGGAAACCUGCCUGCCUUCUAUACAAUUUAACAAUUGUAGUUUGAUGCACAUCCAAGUAGUGUUAGUGCUCCAGAACUUUGUCUCUAUUUCUGUUAAUAGUACCCGAUAAUAAAUAUGAAUAAGAAUGUGAAUAAGUUAUUACUCUGUCGUAUAAAUAUAAAUAAAUCACACAUUUUAUGGAAAACAUUUGUGUGACGCACAAAGUUUUGUCACAUUUUUCUGUGUAAAGUGAUCGAAUAAUUAUGAUGAUAGUUACCCGAAUUUGUACUCUGUUUUAAUUAUGAUGAAAGUGGUAAUAAUGUAAUUAUAUAAGGAUUACUAUGUAAUUUCCUAAACUCGGUUUUAGUGUAAAUAUAACGUCAAGGAUUACUA